GCGCCGUGCUGCAUGCGCAACAAAAAUCUAUAUUAAAAUGGAGGAAAAGACUCAGGUCGCGGAACGAGAAACUAAGAAGGAUGAAGCCCACGAAAAGGAUGCGCGGAAUAAAAGCUCCAAGAAGAGAGAAGCUCGGAAGAAAAAGAAAGAGGCGGUGCAUGCAGCCAGUGAAAAUCACAACAAUAAUAGGGAAGAGAAAGAGAUGCCUAGCGCGUGCAAUAUCUCUAUAAAGGAUAUCCAGAUGGCGAUGGAAGUAUUUAACAUGCAACAAAAACCUGCCAAAACUCAAGAGGAAGCCUUGCAAAAGCCUUAUCAAUUUUGGAGCACACAGCCAGUACCAAAAAUGGAUGAGAAAAUUGUGCGCAAUGAGCCAAUUGAACCUGAUAAAACAUCUGUUAGGGCAGAACCGUAUUCACUACCUGCUGAUUUUCAAUGGGAUACUUUGAAUUUGGAUGAUCCUCUGGUCUUAUCUGAACUAUACACACUACUCUCGGAGAAUUAUGUCGAAGAUGAUGAUGCAAUGUUCAGAUUUGAUUAUCCUCCUACCUUUUUGAAAUGGGCUCUUCAACCUCCUGGCUGGUGCAAAGAGUGGCAUUGCGGCGUACGAGUGAGCAAGAGCGGACGUCUAGUCGGUUUUAUUUCCGCUAUUCCAGCCACACUACGCGUCUACAAUCAUUCUCAGAAAAUGGUGGAGAUCAACUUCUUGUGCGUUCACAAAAAACUAAGAUCAAAAAGAGUUGCACCUGUGUUGAUACGCGAAAUUACGAGGAGAGUGAAUUUAAAGGGUAUCUUUCAGGCUGUAUACACUGCCGGUGUUGUUUUACCAAAACCAAUUGCAACAUGCAGAUACUGGCAUCGAUCUCUCAACCCAAAAAAGUUGAUUGAUAUCAAAUUCUCUCAUCUUACUCGCAAUAUGACGAUGCAGAGGACUCUAAAGCUAUACAAACUGCCAGAGAAUACAAAAGUACCCGGCUUUAGAAAGCUGGUUUACACAGACAUACCGCAAGCGCAUAAAAUAUUAACAGAAUAUUUGGAGAAGUUUGAUCUUGCUCCGAUGUUCUCGGUCGAAGAGUUCGAACAUUGGUUCCUACCACAAUCUGGUAUUAUUAAUAGUUUUGUGGUAGAGAAGGAAGGAAAGAUCACCGAUAUGGUGAGUUACUACACUUUGCCCAGCUCCAUCAUGCAUCAUCAGACACACAAGACUCUCAAAGCCGCAUACAGUUUCUACAACGUGUCUACCGUGACGCCGUGGCUUGAGCUGAUGAUGGAUGCUUUAAUAUCUGCUCGUGACUUGGGUUUUGAUGUGUUCAACGCGCUGGAUCUCAUGGAUAAUAAGGAAUUUUUAGAGCCGCUUAAAUUCGGUAUCGGUGACGGAAAUCUGCAGUACUACUUGUACAACUGGCGUUGUCCCAGUAUGACACCUGGCAAGAUCGGUCUCGUGCUCCAGUAGACUUCUAGCUCGGCAAGUCGCUGCCUAGACAGAAACUCUUUCGCGUGUGUUCUCGCGAAAGAAAGAGAUAGCGAUUGAAUGCGAGCGAACAUGGAGCACACACAGCAAUAGGAAAAAAGAUGAAGGUAACGAUGCCAGACGAGGAUGAAUGCGACCUUGACUUUUCUUACUAGCGACUGGUAUAUAACGCAAAGCGGAUAACUCGCUUUCUCGAAAGUCACUCUUGUCCUCGUCGUUGGCUUCGAAAAAUACUAUUCUAGGCUGAGAUACGCGCGAUCGGGACUAUUAUGGAAAUUGUGUAUUGUAUAUAUACGUAUCUGUGUGACUCGAGCAAUGUAGAUAAGCGAUCAUGCGACUAAUAGUGAUUACGUGCGAAUCAGGAACGUAAUUACCCGAAGAGAAUUUCCGAUUUUCAAUAAUAUAAGCCUCUUAGACGCCAAGUAACUUUACCCACUUUUCCUUUACAAUAUCUCGAUUAAUUAGAUGACAACGUAUGCCGAGGUGUGAGAGGCAGACGAGUCAAAAAUAAAAUGAAGUUUAUCGAGAA